UUCUUCUUCUUCCUCUUCCUCUUCUUCUCCACAUUCCUCUUUCUUUUGUCUUUGUUUGCGGGUGUAUAUCAUAUCGUCUUCUCGGGCUUUCUUUUCCCCUUCUUCAGUUUCGAAUUCGGCUUCGUCUCCGUCUCUCCGGCCAUCCUCUUCACCGCUGAGUUCUUUCUUCCAGCCACGCUAUCCUUUUUUCCGAUUGCAAUUGUAAGAAUCGUGCGUCGAUAUAGGGUGGGGAUGGAAAUGGAAAUCUCUGGUGCCGGCGGUGACGCUUUGGAUCUAUCGUACAGGCCACUGCCGCCAGUAUACUUCACUCUGAUGGUUGUAUGGAUUUUGUCCUCUGUUUCGUGGACCUUCAACACUUACAGGAACAACCAAUUUCAGAGCAGCCGAAUAAGUUGCAAUGGAUGCUCGCUUCUGUUCCAUGGAUUAAAGCUUUACAACUUUUAUUAUCUUUUCUCUUCUGGUAUUCAUGUCUUUAUACAGAUGUGUGCUCUUUAUGGAUGUCGUUCGGAGUCUAUACAAUGGGAGUACUAGUUAAAAUAUGUGCUUUUGUGUCAUUCUUUCUCAUUUCGCACGGCUACUGCAUCACCUGCCAUCGUCUUUCUUUGUCCGAGCGCCGAUCCAUGGCUUCUCUGGGGUGCAUAUUCUACUUGACCCUUGUUGGUUUCAGAGCCUCGCUACCAUAUUUCUCCGUGCUCUUGUUGCUUAACUAUCUUGUUUUGUUCUACGUAAUAUUCAACCACAUAUCUCAUAACUUAGAUGCUUUACGGGAACAAUUGAGCUUUAUAGAAGAUGAGGAUAUCCGGGCAAUGCAUGAUGCGGUUUACACCAAGUACAUCAUGUUCAAGAAAUUUCAGGUUGCAAUGCACUAUGUAGCUGUGUUGGAAAUUGCAAUUUUCAUUAGUCUGAACAACUCCUUGGAGAGUUAUUGGGUCCGGAUGUUGGUUCGAGAGUGCGCACAAUUUAUCAUAUUCACAUACAUUGGAUGGGUUUUUAGAUCUCAAGAAUUAGCCCCUCGCUUCUCGGUGAUGCCUGCAUUGAGGUCCGAGGGGGUUACAGUAGUGCCUCCCAUUUACAGCAUUGAAAUGGAUGCAGAGACUUUCAAGGAAUUCGGAAGCCAUGAAUGGCACAUCGGUGUGCCGACUUUGCCAUGCAAUGGAAGCGUAAAUGAAGCUGUUUUAGUUGUAAUUCGGCAGCCGCACGCAUGUAGUAGCGGCUCAUUAGCCAAUUCUCAAGCCGCGUAGGAAAGGCCAGAACUGUCCGGCCAUCGACUCAGAUGACUCUAGAAGGUUCCAGAUAGAUAGAUAGAUGCAUGGAUCCUUUUAGCAUUCUCCAGCACCUAAAAUUCUACAAAAUUUUCCAUUCAUGAGUCUGCUUUUUGUUCCACUUUGAAGUUAAUCAAAUGAUGAUGAUACAUAACUUUAUUAUCCCAUUUGGCGUUGGCUGGAUGUUGAAUUGAAGGAAUUUGUACAUUCUUGUCUCUGUUGU